AUGCUCUGCCCGGGGGAAAAUGGACAUAAUGUAAAUUGCCAAACGGGUUUCACAGUCAAGGUCGUCGCUUCCGCCCAGCGACGCUUGAGGCCACUAUCAGCGCGAAUCCCCAACGCCCACCGCUUACCCAGCUUGUCCAUCUUGAUGGUGGUGGCGAUUAUGAUUAUGUCGUCUUCGCUGGACGCCCUGGUCAUUGACAAUGAUGGAAUAAUCAGUAACCAGACGCGGCAUCGUCGCUCGACCUCCGGCGCAGCCAGUUGCAUGCAAGAUGCACGCUUCUACCGCAACCCCAACAGGCCGGUCCACAAGAUCUGGACGAACAGCGAGUGCGCCAAGUAUUUUCUCUGCCUCGACGGCGAGGUGUUCGAGUUCAAGUGCUCCGAGGGACUGCUCUUCGAUGUGGUGCGUCAGAUCUGCGACUUCAAGGCGAAUGUGGACAACUGCGAUGUCAGCGCGGAGACGCCGGCUCCAAAGCCACUGCUGGAGAUGGCCGACUGUGCAGAUGAGUACCAGUUGGGUUGCGCCGAUGGCACCUGCCUGCCGCAGGAGUACUUUUGCGAUGGCUCGGUGGACUGUCCCGACGGCUCCGACGAAGGGUGGUGCGACGUGGAGCACGAUCCGAAUGCGGCGGGUGCCUGUGAUCCGCGAAAGUGUCAGUUGCCUCAGUGUUUCUGCUCGAAGGAUGGCACCCAGAUACCCGGCAGCCUUCCAGCGCAGAGUGUUCCCCAGAUGAUCCUGCUGACCUUCGACGAUGCCAUCAAUCACGACAAUUGGGAGCUGUUCUCCAAGGUGUUGUUCACGCAGAACCGGAGAAACCCCAACGGGUGUCCCAUAAAGGGCACAUUCUAUGUUUCGCAUCCCUUCACCAACUAUCAGUAUGUGCAGAAGCUUUGGAAUGAUGGUCACGAGAUCGCAGUGCACUCAGUAACGCAUCGCGGCCCAGAGAUGUGGUGGUCCAAGAACGCCACGAUUGAGGACUGGUUUGAUGAGAUGGUUGGCCAGGCGAAUAUCAUCAAUAAGUUUGCAGCGGUUCGAAUGGAGGAGAUCCGUGGGAUGAGAGUACCCUUUCUGCGCGUCGGCUGGAAUCGGCAGUUCCUGAUGAUGAAGGAGUUUGGCUUCGUGUACGAUUCAUCCAUGGUUGCACCGCACUCGAAUCCACCUCUCUGGCCCUACACCUUGGACUACAAGAUGCCGCACAGCUGCACGGGCGUGAAUCAGAACUGCCCGUCCAGGAGCUACCCGGGCAUUUGGGAGCUGGUGAUGAACCAACUGGAAGCGGGCGAGUAUAUGUGCGGCAUGGUGGACUCUUGUCCGCCGCAUUUGAGCGGCGAGGAUAUCUACAGAAUGCUGACGCACAACUUUAAGAGGCACUACCUCAGCAACAGGGCGCCGUUUGGCCUGUACUUCCAUUCCACUUGGUUCAAGAAAGUCGACUACCUAAAUGCAUUUCUGAAAUUCCUCGACGAUCUGCAAAAGCUGCCGGAUGUGUUCUUUGUGACUAAUCAGCAGGCGCUUCAGUGGAUGCGUCAUCCUACGCCCAGCAAUCAACUGCACCAAUUUGAGUCCUGGCACUGCCAGCCGAAGGAUCUGGAUCCCCACGAGCAGGUCUGCAACUCGCCGAACGUGUGCAAGGUGCGAAGCCGGGUGCUGCAGGAGGAUCGCUUCUUCUACACUUGCAUGGAUUGUCCUGCCCAGUAUCCCUGGAUUCGCAACGAGUUCGGCCUGGACUAAGGUGGUAGCCCGCUUGAGACUAAUGAGCCUGCGCAAGGCGCUUCACAUGUCCAUAAUAUUUGGAGCGUUUCAUAAGCAAUUUCAUUACAAAAACUUUGCAUUCGAAUAUAUUCAGAGCGCAACAUUAUACACAGGUUAGUUUUCAAGUUAGAUGAGUUCGGAACACUCUUGCACGAUUCAAUA